GCGGCUUUAAAGCCAGCCCUGCAAGCGGCUGCAGGCGGAUGCCUGCAGAGCCUCCGGGUGCGUGGCUCUGCGCAGCGCGUCUCGGCGAGAUUUCGCUCUUCCCGCCGGGACCGCUGCAUUGGUAAUCAGUAGCGGAUCACUCAGCUGAGCGGCAGGGAGAACAAAGGAGUCGGGGAGAGAAGAGGCUCCCCGCCGCUUUGCAGCGAGUGGCUUCCUCCCCCCGCCGCCUGCGCCCGGCGCGGAGCAGCUGAAUUUAUAAUCGUCACUGGAUUGAGCCGCCAUUUGCUUUCCUGCUCGCUCGCUCGCUUGCUCUGUCGGCAUUGUCCGGAGGCGGCACCUAGAGGUUGGAACUCGGCAUCGCAGCUCCAGGCUUUAAAUGGACUUAAUUCUCUGAAUAAGCCAGUGUGUCGGUAACAAAACUGUGGGUGUGGAGUGCAGCAUAUUUAGAGAAAAGAUUUGUGGCUUGAUUAAAAAUUAAGACAAAACAGACGCUUAGCUGCUGUUCUGCAUAGAACCCUCUGUUGUUAAGAGAUUUUAAUUCAUAAGGAACUGGUCUUUUAAAUUGUUGCAGUAGGUGAAACUUCUCAGUGCAGCAAGUGUUUAUUAGGAGAAGGGAGUCACAAAGAAGUGAGGAUGAGUAAGAGCAAAGAUGAUGCCCCUCAUGAGCUGGAGAGCCAGUUUAUCUUGCGCCUGCCUCCAGAAUAUGCUGCUACUGUGAGGAGGGCAGUGCAGUCGGGACAUGUCAACCUGAAAGACAGACUGACCAUCGAGUUACACCCCGAUGGGCGUCAUGGAAUUGUCAGAGUGGACCGGGUCCCUCUGGCCUCAAAACUGGUGGAUCUGCCAUGUGUUAUGGAAAGCUUGAAAACCAUCGAUAAAAAAACCUUUUACAAGACUGCUGAUAUCUGUCAGAUGCUCGUGUCCACAGUUGAUGGUGAUCUUUAUCCCCCUGUGGAGGAGCCAGUUGCUGCUGCUGACCCCAAAGCAAGCAAGAAAAAGGAUAAGGACAAAGAGAAAAAGUUCGUCUGGAACCAUGGAAUUACUUUGCCUCUAAAGAAUGUCAGAAAGAGAAGAUUCCGGAAGACAGCAAAGAAAAAGUAUAUUGAGUCUCCAGAUGUGGAGAAAGAAGUGAAGCGGUUGCUGAGUACAGAUGCAGAAGCUGUCAGUACUCGCUGGGAGAUAAUUGCUGAAGAUGAAACAAAAGAGACGGAGAAUCAAGGCCUUGACAUCUCUUCCCCAGGAAUGUCUGGCCACCGGCAGGGCCAGGACUCCCUGGAGCACGAUGAGCUUCGGGAGAUAUUCAAUGACCUCAGCAGCAGCAGCGAGGAUGAAGAUGACGCCCAGCACCAGGACGAAGAAGAUAUAAACAUCAUCGACACUGAGGAAGACCUGGAGAGACAGCUGCAGGACAAGCUGAAUGAGUCGGAUGAACAGCACCAAGAAAACGAAGGCACCAACCAGCUGGUUAUGGGCAUUCAGAAGCAGAUUGACAACAUGAAAGGCAAGCUCCAGGAGACCCAGGACAGGGCCAAGCGACAGGAGGAUCUCAUCAUGAAGGUGGAAAACCUGGCUCUCAAGAACAGAUUUCAGGCUGUGCUGGAUGAGUUAAAGCAAAAGGAAGACCGAGAAAAGGAGCAGCUCAGCUCUUUGCAGGAAGAGCUGGAGUCACUCCUAGAGAAGUAAGAAGAAUUUUGAUCAUUUUGAACCUGAUGGGUCCACACUAAGAAAAUCUUCAUCACUUUUUCUGGAUUUUAAGAUUUUGCAGUAGUUCCCGUUCCUUCUAAUGCUAGAAGUUCUUUUUAAAUUAUCUUGGUUUUCAGAAGCACUUUGCUAGGUGUUCAUUCUAUAGAAUUAGGAUUGACUAGGCAGUAAUGUAAUUGUUAGGAAGUUGUAGGGUUAGUGGAAUGAACAGCUGAACCCUCAUAUUCACAGCUGCAUUGCAGGACUUUGCUGCUGUUUCCCCAUUUCCCAGAAGCUGCUAUUGCUGCCAUGUGGUGCCUUCUGAGAUAGGUAAGAACCUAGUGUAGAGGCAGUGAAGUUGGUUUGCAUAUGUUUCCCUAACUAUUUUCUCAGUUAAAUCGAAGCAGUUUCGCACAUGUAGAGAUGCAAAUAAUUUCAUAAGGUUUCUAACAAAUAAAAGCAACUAAUUUUCAA